AAUGUGUAAAAUAUUAAAUGCAUAAAUGAGUCCAAAAAGUGAUGUGGCAGUUUGACCCAACAUGUCACAGUCAAAUAGAAAGACCAUGACCCAUCCUUACACUUUAUCACAAAAUCUCAUACUACAAAAUAUAACAAACUCAAACUCUUCUCUUUGCCUCUCCUUCUUAAGUUCACUUCAACACAAAACACAAACAUCACUUCCUUCAAAAAAACUUCUUCUUUUCUAUUCUCUUAUAACAAAACCCAUUUUCUUUCAACUUGUUCCAUUUCUCCAAUACUCCUAUUUCCAUUUCAAUUUUCCACCAUAUUCAAAAAAUAUAUAAAAUAAAUCCAAUUUUCCACCUUUCUUUCUUUCUUUCACCUCACUUUAUAUAUAUGGGUCAAAGAUUAAGACAGGGUCAAGGGUUUUAGGUUGGAAAAAUAAAAAUAAAAUAAAAUAAAACUACCAUCAAAAUUGGAUUUAAAUUAAAAAUUAAAUUUGUGUCCUUUUCAUUAAACCUUUUUACCUUUUAAAUGUCAGAGAGUAAAGACUGUGCUGCCGCCACAGCCACCGCCACCGCCGGCAGUACUCACCGGAGAACAUUUCCACGGUCAAUUUCAUGGACCGAUCGAUCAUCGUCAAAUCGAAAACCACCACAACCUACGGCGGCGAACAACAAAAAAUCUCGAUCGUUGCUUCCACCGCUUCGUCCUCUUUCAAUCAACAAACGCAGCAUUGAAGAAUGGCCAAGCGCCGGAUCUGACGAUCUCGGAGUUUGGCCACAAUCAGAAACACCAAAAGGAAGAGUUUCAAUCACCGGUUCAGAGUUUCAAUUCAAGAGAGAUAAAUUAGCUUUCUACGAUAAAGAAUGUUCUAGAAUCGCCGAACACGUUUACCUUGGAAGCGACACCGUUGCGAAGAAUCACGAGCUUUUAAGACAGAAAGGAAUUACGCACGUGCUUAAUUGUGUUGGUUUUGUUUGUCCUGAAUAUUUCAAAAGGGAUUUUGUUUAUAAAACUCUUUGGUUGCAGGAUAGUCCAACAGAAGACAUCACAAGUAUUCUUUACGAUGUUUUUGAUUACUUUGAAGAUGUUAGGUUACAAGGUGGUCGUGUUCUUGUUCAUUGUUGUCAAGGUGUUUCUAGAUCAACUUCUUUGGUUAUUGCUUAUCUUAUGUGGAGAGAAGGACAAAGCUUUGAAGAUGCUUUUCAUUAUGUCAAAAAUGCUCGUGGUGUUACAAAUCCUAAUAUGGGUUUCGCUUCUCAACUUUUGCAGUGUCAGAAAAGAGUGGUAAAUUUAAAUUCAAAUUCAAAUUCAAAUGCUGCUUCACCUUUGAGUCCUAAUUCUGUUCUUAGAAUGUUUAGAAUGGCUCCUCAUUCACCUUAUGACCCUCUUCAUUUGGUGCCUAAAAUGGUUAACAAGCCUUCUGCUAAAGCGCUUGAUUCUCGUGGUGCUUUUAUUGUUCAUGUUCCUUCUGCUAUUUAUGUUUGGAUUGGGAAAUUUUGUAGUUCUGUUAUGUCUUGUAAUGCCAAAUCCGCGGCUAUUCAGGUUGUUCGUUAUGAGAAGGCCAAUGCGCCUAUUCUUACCAUUUCUGAGGAUGAUGAGCCCAUGGAGUUUUGGGCUGCUCUUUCUAAUCAUCAAUUAUUAUUGGGGAAUUUUUAUAAGGGUGAGCUGGAGAAGAAUGUUUCUCAUGAAAGAAUGGAGAUUGAUGAUGGUGGUGUUGUUGAUAAGGGGGCUCAUCCCAGGAAAGUUGAUGAGUAUGAUUUGGAUUUUGGAAUUUUUAAUAAGGCAUUAGCUGGUGGUGUUGUUCCACCUUUUUCUGUGACAAAUACAGGAUCAGAAACUUUGCUUCCUGCUAGAGAAAAUAGUUGGGGAAGAUUGAGGAGGAAACUUGCUAAUAGAAUCAUGAAAGGGUUGUUUACAUCUUCCAAAUGCUGUGAUAUAACAUCUCCCAGAGAUGAAUUAAAGGUGAAAAUGGAAGAAGAAGAAGAAAAACAACGUUGUGUUUCAUCUGGUUACUUGGAUUAUUUUAUUGAUAACAGCUCAGACAAUGCUAAAGAUUGUCUUGUACUCAUGGAUCAUUGCUUUGGUUCGUCGUUGCCACCGACCCCUCGUCGAAAAUCAGUUUCUUUUCCUUGUUCUUUAAGUAACAGCCCGAAAUUUGGUUCCAAGUCGCCAACACUUUCGCCUUCCAAUUCUGAUUAUACCAGUUCCUUCUCGUUUUCACCUGUGUCAAUGAAUUGGUCUGAUUUAUCGUUCAUAUCCUCUCGGCUGCCAUCGCCUUCUGGCCAUGGAUCAGCGGAGCAACCCUUUUAUGUUAAUAAAGAUGGAUCUUUGAUAGAAAGAUCCACUUCACUUCACAACGAUGCUGCUGUCUCUUCAUCUUCAGAAGCACUUUUGAUUAAUCACAUAGUAAGGAAAAAUUCUUACAAAGGGUCUAAAUCUAAGUCUAACCCUUCCAUUGCAGAGCGCCGAGGGAGUAAACUGCUGCCGCAAAUGUUGGUACCCUCACAUUCACCGCGUGCUCACAAGAUCCUGGUAAGAUCGCCGACAUUCACUUUGUUGGACCGAAAUGACAAUUUGAUGAAGUAGUUGCAAGCAAUCUGAUUGUAGAGUGAAAAAAUGGCUAAUAUCAGAUGCAGAUAUCAUUAGUAGUUUAGUAUACCUUUUUAAAAUUUGAUUAAUUUGUAGUAUGAUAUAGUGUCUCAUAACAUGAUUGUUAUGCAUGAAGUAUAAGACUUCAAGUGAAAGUUAACUCAUGACAAUGGUUCAUUUUCUUUCUGUAUAGCCAUAGUUGAGCCUAUAAUAUACUAGUUCUAGUUUUUUAGGUAAAUCUGUCUGCACUAUUGCCUGAAUAUUGUAGCAAAUUAGCAAUAACAACAUAGAUGACUUGUUGACCUUACAAUCAAUUUUUAAUUGAAUAUGAAAUCUAUUUUUUUCUCUUC